AUGGGCUCCCCAGAAGUGUCUCGGCAAGGCUUGUCUUCGGCCCCGCAAUCGGCCAAGCCUGCAUCUCUGCAUGAACCUCGCCCUUACUACCACGCUUCCCCUGCUGACUCUGCCGGCAAUGAUCUCUCGCGCCAACCAGGACCCGCAGUCCCCCCAAGGCCAAACAGCCAGCCGACGGGUCCUUUGGCAGGCCCGCCGCCCACGGACGCAAGGCUAGGAUAUGGGGCUGCCAGUGAGAGAAGGCCUCUGUUCGGUCUUUCCGAGGAAGAGCGCAGAGCGGCCCAAGACAACCAAUAUCAGGCGAGGCCCGCCGGUCCGAGCACCGCAGAUAUCUCACGGCUCGAUGCAAGUGGCAGGGAACGUCCGUCGACAGUCCAACCGCUUUCGCAUGCUCUGUUCGACCGGCCGGAGUCGCGCAUUGUACAACCCCCAGCUGCAGGACAGCCCCCAAGGGGGAGUCUAUUUUGGCACCCGCAACCAAGGGUUCACGUUGCCGGGGAGCCAUAUCAGCAAGCGCAGGAAGAGCAUAGGGAGCCGUUCCCUCCUGGACCCCGUAAUGUCCCCGGCUCAGGUCCUCCUCAGUUGAUGGGCCUUAAUCGGACUGCCAUAAACGUUCACAACGCCCCGUCUGAGCAACCCCAGCGAUUCCCGAUGGGUCCUGAAGCUAGGAGAGGUCCUGAGCAUUAUCAGAGCCCACCGACAUCUGAUCCGAGCAGUUUGGAUCGGCGUAGGCCUGAGGCAGCUGGACCGCCUCACAAUAGCUACGGGGCUCGAUCGUCGUCCUAUGAGUAUCAUGGGAAGCCGGAAGGCGCCGACAUGCAAAAGUCCCGCUCCUUCCUGGGAGUCAGCCCUGAAGCCAGACGGACCGGGCGUGCUUCGCCCCUUCCUCAGGCCGUUCAAGGCGCCCAGGCUCAACCAGUCGUUCCUGGUGGGGACCCAAGCAUCAAGAAUGAGUUUGGACGUAUGUUCUCCGGUCUGGGCAGCGGCCUUGUGAGUGCGCCAUCCACUCAUGGUUCUGCCACUCCAGGACGGGGAAGCCCGUUCCAGCAGAAUGGAGAUUCAAAUGGCGACCUGGAUGUGCUCGGCAGAGCGGCUUCCCGCGGUGCCAGGCGCAGAAGGGUCAAGGAUGAAGAAGGUCGGCCUGAGAAUGACAUGAUCGAUGGUAGAGUGACUCCAGGAGCGAUGAGCCAGCGGAAUACGAAGAGGCCAAAGCAUACUCAUCCCGCGGGUCACCACCACCAUCACCUGUACACCCAUCAUCAUCACCACAGACCUGAGGAGGAGCAACUGGCCAUGGCGAAUCCGCAAGCCGCGACUACUCCCAUUUCUUUCAGUAAGAUGAACGGUGUUCAGGCGCAGACUCCGAUUGCAGCACCAACACACCAUCAUCACCACCAUCACCAUGCCCCUCAUCCGGCUCAUCACCAUCACCAUCAUCAUCACGCUCCUCGGCCCCCUACGGCAACUGCACAGAUUCCUUUGACCAAGCCUAUCGUGGAAGUGAACUCCCAGAAAGUCUUUGAAAAGGUCAAGGAUCUCCCGCGCCACCACCUUGGCAGCGUCAUCUAUGAAGCCACAACCGCGCCGCCACCCUCUAAGAACACUAGCAUCGACGAUCGGUACGGCUUCCGCAGCAUCCCUGCACCUCUCCCUGAUGCGUCUGGUAAGGAGGGUUGCACGAUUACGGUUCGUGUGCCCCGCUAUUACCUUACUGAGCGCCAGCGCGAUGUUGUUUGUUGUAGCAAACAUCUGUGGGGCACGGACGUUUACACGAACGAUUCGGAUGUGCUCGCAGCAGCGAUCCAUUCGGGAUGGAUCCGGGGAGCCUGGGCGGAAGAUGUGGACGUGGCUCUGUUGGACCCUAGGAUCGGCGGCGAGGAGACGGCGAAAGAAGCGGAGACUAACAAACCGCUUACUACGAAGCCGGAAUACCCAGCCGUUCCACCGGCGGAUAUGGAUGUGCACAUCACGGUGCUUAUCGUGCCGGCGCUUACGAGCUACAAGUCGACGGUAUGUUACGGUAUCAAGAGCAGGGCGAGAAAGACGCACACCGGCUCGAGUUACAAGAUCGAACGUGUCGAAUGGGUCGAUGAUGAGGGGACGAAGAAGGGAGAAGAAAGGAGUGGGAAGGCAAGAAGGGAGCGCCUGGCAGCAGCACAGAGUUUGGUUGCGCUGCUGACGGGUGUGGGAAGAGAUAAUCAGGGAAACGAGCAGCAGAUGAAGAGCGAGGAGCAGCGGAUGAACAUGCAAAUGGGAACGGCGCAGGCGGUCGCUUGA